GCGUCGGACGGUCGGGCUCGGCGUCGAUAAAUCGUCCGACCAGUUCUGGGGCGUCGAGGUCGGCAUCGGGGAUGGCGCUCAUCUCGGGGGUGGGGGUGUCGCCGAGGGCUCGCCGGUCGAGGACGUCCAGGGCGGGGCCCCAGAGGGCCCGGUCGAGUCGCAGUUGCCGAGGGCCCUUAGGGACACCGACGAGUCGAUCAUGGACAUGUGGCCCGCGGUGGACUUCGACGAGGUCCCACCCCACUUCGUCCGGGGGCCUGCCUGGGACUCCGUCGAUGCCGCGUGCGCCGAGGGGAGGGCCGACAUCUUGGCUCUGGAGGGGGAGGUGGACUCCCUCCGCCGCUUGGCCGCCCCGACGCCGUGGGCGUUCGGGGCCGAGCGAGCGGGCCUUGCGCGGGCGCUCGCGGCGGAGGUGACUGCGGUGGCGGGUCUGUCCCUGCUGGAGCGGCUGGCUGCGAGGAGCUCGACGGCUCGCCUCUGCCGCGGGGCUCUCGCCAGCUUCGUCGAGUUCUGUGUCGGGCGCCGCCUGGGCUGGGCGACCCACUCAGGCCUGGGCGAGACGCUGGUGCAGUGCAUGGACAGCGAGUUCCUCGGCGGCGGCUGCGGCAACCAGGGGGCGUUCUCGCGGGCCCACCGCGCGGCGGCGGCGUGGGCGCGGCGCGCGCCUGCGCGCGCCCUGCUGCCGCUGCCGCGCCGCGUGGUGUUUGCCUUGGCCGGCCUCCUGAUCCACGACCGGUUCCUCAGGCUGACCAUCUGCGUCCUCGUCAUGUCCGCCGUGUGCCUCAGGCUUGGGGGAGCGGCGAAGCUGUGCGGGCGCCGCCUGAUUCCGCCGUCGGAGGCGGCGGGCGCCUGCUACCAGUUCUUCGGGCUGCUCCUGCACGAGAGCGGGCGGGUGCCAGGCGAGACGGGCGCGAACGACGAAAGCGUGCUCUUCGGCGGCGAGGCCUGGCUCACCCCGCUGCUGCGCGCUCGGAAGCAGUCCACAGCGCAAUCGGAGCCGCUGCGUGGCCAGGAGGGGCGCCAGCUGGCCGAGAUACAGCGUCGCGGAUGCUGGCGGGCGGCCGAGAGCUUGGACCGCUACGCCAAGGAGACCAAGCUGCUGGACGAGCUCGCCUAUAUCCCGCCCGGAGUGAUGGAGCUCGGGGCUUUCGUCGAGAGCAACCUGGAGGCGCUG